AUGGGUGCUGAUGAACCACGAUUCCGUGUCUUGCAUGUUAGCAAUAUUUCUAUGACAGCCACUCGAGAGCAAAUAUAUCAACUGUUUGCAUUCAUUGGACGAAUCGACGAGUUUAAGAUUUAUCCUUCUGAUAAUCAUCCACAAUUAUCGACAUUUACUCAGAAAUUUGCGUACGUUAAAUUUGAAGAUCAGAAAUCAGUGGAAGUGGCACAACAUCUGACGAACACAGUUUUCAUUGAUCGCGCACUUGUUUGCAUUCCAUCCGUAUCAGAUAUGAUACCAGACGAAGAAACAGCGUUAAAAACAGGUGGACCAGCUUGGCCAGGGCAGCGUCAGCUACCACCAAAUGUUGUCAAUCAAAUCCAGGAUUUAGGAGAUGGGCAGCAAAUGUUGCUUACAGUAGACCCGACAUUGACCGCUUUGGGCUUACCACCUUAUCCGGCUUUGAGUGCAAAUACAGAAACAGCGAAAGUAGAAGAAAUUCGUCGUACAGUCUACGUUGGCAAUGUACCGAAAGAUUGUGAUGGUGAAGAAUUGAUGAAAUUUUUCAACGAUAAUAUUGGCGAAGUUAUGUACCUUCGGAUGACUUCUGGUACAGAGAAUUUGCCAUGUGCAUACGCAUAUGUUGAAUUUACUAAUCAAACAUCAGUUCCUAUUGCGCUACAAAAUGAUGGCAUUGAAUUUAAGGGUCGAUGUUUGCGUGUACAGCAUUCAAGAGUCGCUAUAAUCAAACCAGAAAGGAAAACAGCUGAUAUGGCUUUACAGGAAGUAGAAGAAGCAAUUCGAGUGAAUCAAAAUCCAGAUAAAACAUGCAAUGCUAUCAGCAAGCUAAAUCAAGGACUAGGUAACUUUUAUUUUUGUUCAGUUUGA